AUGGGGUCCCCAGCAGAGUCCCCAGUACAAGAUGGGCCUGGGGACCCCAAAUUACCAUUGGCUUUGCAGCCUGAAUAUGUGGAAGGGGAUCCUCCCUGCUGGCUCCUUUCCUGGGGCUUUGGGGAGCCAUGUCGGAGUCUUAACCACGGCCACUAUGUCUGCAGCACCUGGGGCAACAACCAUUACAAGACCUUUGAUGGGGAUAUCUACCAGUUCCCUGGUCUCUGCGACUACAACUUUGCUUCAGACUGCCGGGACACGUACAAGGAGUUUGCUGUCCAUGUCCAGCGAGGCCUGAGUGAUGACCACCACCCCCAGAUCACCUACAUCCUGGUCACAAUCAAGGAUGUUACCAUCUACCUCACCGACCAGCUAGUGGUUGUGGAUGGGGCCAUAGUCCACAUGCCCUACUACAGCUCUGGGCUCCUCAUUGAGAAGGGUGACAUCUACACCAAGAUUUAUGCCCGAGCAAGCUUUGCCCUCAUGUGGAACCUCCAGGAUUCCCUCAUGCUGGAGCUAGACACCAAGUUCCGCAACCAUACCUGUGGCCUGUGUGGGGACUACAACGGCAUGCAGACAUACUCUGAGUUCAACGAUGAGGGGAUUACCUUCAGCCCCAUUGAAUUUGGAAACAUGCAGAAGAUUAACCAGCCAGAUACUGUGUGUGAGGACCCAGAAGAAACAGAGGCCUAUGAGUCCUGCUCAGAACAUCGUGCUCUGUGUGAGGAUCUCCUGAUGUCUGCGGCCUUUGAGGACUGCCAGGCUGUUGUGCCGGUGGAGAUGUACAUCCAGGCCUGCAUGCAGGACCUGUGUCAGUGUGAGAAGAACACCUCGUUCUGCCUGUGCAGUACUGUCUCAGAGUUCUCCCGCCAGUGCUCACAUGCUGGAGGCCGACCCAGCACCUGGAGGAAUGACACCUUCUGCCCCAAGACCUGCCCUGGUAACAUGGUCUACCUGGAGAGUGGCUCCCCCUGCAUGGACACCUGCUCCCACUUGGAGGUCAGCAACCUCUGUGAGGAACACUAUAUGGAUGGCUGCUUCUGCCCUGAAGGCACUGUGUAUGAUGACAUCACGGGCAAAGGCUGUAUCCAGGUGAGCCAGUGCAGCUGCAAGCUGCAUGGACACCUCUAUGCCCCCGGGAAGCAGAUCAAUGGCACCUGUGAGGAGUGUAUCUGUAAUGCUGGCCGGUGGGUGUGUGAGGACCUGUCCUGUCCUGGCACAUGUGCUGUAGAAGGUGGAGCCCACAUCACCACUUUUGAUGGGAAGAAAUACACGUUUCAUGGAGAUUGCUACUACGUUCUGGCCAAGGGAGAGAGCAAUGACUCCUAUGCCCUCCUGGGAGAGCUAGUGCCUUGUGGUUCCACAGACAAGCAGACCUGCUUGAAGACGGUUGUGUUGCUGACUGACAACAAGAAGAAUAUUGUGGCGUUCAAGUCCGAUGGCAGUGUGCUCCUGAAUGAGUUGGAAGUCCACCUACCGCACAUCGCUGCGAGCUUCUCCAUCUUCCAGCCUUCCUCCUACCAUCUCAUCGUGCACACAGCCUAUGGCCUCAAGCUGCAGAUCCAGCUGGUGCCAGUCAUGCAGCUGUUUAUGACCAUGGACCAGGCUUCCCAGGGCCAAGUUCAAGGUCUUUGUGGGAAUUUCAAUGGUCUGGAAAGUGAUGACUUCAAAACAGCAGGAGGCCUCAUUGAGGCCACUGGCUCUGGCUUUGCCAACACUUGGAAGGCCCAGUCCAGCUGCCAAGACACACUAGACUGGCUGGAUGACCCUUGCUCUCUCAGUAUUGAAACCAACUAUGCAGAGCAUUGGUGCUCACUGCUGAAGAAGACAGAAACUCCCUUUGCCAGGUGCCACUCAGUUGUGGAUCCUGUGGACUAUUACAAGAGGUGCAAAUACGACACCUGCAACUGUCAGAACAAUGAAGACUGCAUGUGCGCUGCUCUCUCCUCCUAUGCCAGAGCCUGCUCUACCGAAGGGGUCAUGCUGUGGGGCUGGAGGGAGCAAGUCUGUAGUAAGUACAUCACAUCUUGCCCCAACUCCCAAAUCUUCCUGUACAACCUGACCACAUGCCAGCAGACUUGCCGCUCACUCUCGGAGGCAGACAAGCAUUGUCUCAAGGGCUUUGCUCCUGUGGAUGGCUGUGGCUGUCCUGACAGCACCUACAUGGAUGAGAAAGGGCGCUGCGUGCCCCUCUCUAAAUGCUCCUGCUACCACAAAGGCUUGUACCUGGAAGCAGGAGAAGUGGUCCUGAAGCAGGAUGAGCGCUGUGUCUGUCGGAAUGGGAGGCUGAAUUGCAUUCAAGUGAAGCUUAUUGGUCAGAGCUGUACUUCCCCCAAGAUCCAUGUGGACUGUGACAAUCUCACAGCCUUGACCACCCAGACGCCUCACCCCAUCAGCUGCCAGAGCCUGAGGAGUGGCUAUUACCAAACUGAAUGUGUCAGUGGCUGCAUGUGCCCCCCUGGGCUAAUUGACGAUGGCCGGGAUGGCUGUGUUGUGGAGGAAGAGUGCCCGUGUGUCCACAACAGAGUGCUCUAUUCACCUGGACAAAACAUCACUGUGGACUGCAAUACGUGCACAUGCCAGAGAGGGAGCUGGGUAUGCACCAAGUCUGUGUGCCACGGCACAUGCUCCAUCUACGGAAGCGGCCACUACAUCACCUUUGACGGAAAGUACUAUGACUUUGAUGGACACUGCUCCUACGUGGCAGCCCAGGACUACUGCGGCCAGGACUCUCAGGGCUCCUUCAGCAUCAUCACAGAAAAUGUGCCCUGUGGAACCACGGGCGUGACCUGUUCCAAAGCCAUUAAGAUCUUCCUGGGAAGAACGGAGCUGAAGCUGGAGGAGAAGCGCCGCUGGGUGAUUUACCGGGAUGUCGGGGAGCACGUGUCUUACACCACCCGCGAGGUGGGCCAGUACCUGCUCAUUGAGGCCAGCAAUGGCGUCAUCGUUAUCUGGGACAAGAGGACAACUGUCUUCAUCAAGCUCGCCCCGACCUUUAAGGGUACUGUGUGUGGCCUAUGUGGCAACUUUGAUGACCGCUCCAACAAUGACUUCACCACGAGGGAUCACAUGAUUGUCACCAGCGCUCUGGACUUUGGGAACAGCUGGAAGGAGGCCCACAGCUGCUCAGAUGUGGAUGAGACCUUUGAACCAUGCACUGUGAACCCUCAUCGUGAAUCCUGGGCAGAGAAACAGUGCAGCAUUCUGAAGGGCCCAGUGUUCAGUGUGUGUCACAGCAAGGUGGACCCCACUCCUUUCUACGAUGCCUGUGUCCAUGACUCCUGCUCCUGCGACACAGGGGGUGACUGUGAAUGCUUCUGCUCUGCUGUGGCCUCCUAUGCCCAGGAGUGCACCAAGGAGGGGGCUUGUGUCUUUUGGAGGAGCCCUGACCUGUGCCCGAUAUUCUGUGACUACUACAACCCUCCCCAUGAGUGUGAAUGGCACUAUGAACCCUGUGGGAACCGAAGCUUUGAAACCUGCCGAACCAUUAACAACAUCCAUUCCAACAUUUCUGUGUCCUACCUGGAAGGCUGCUAUCCCAGGUGCCCUCCACAAAGGCCCAUCUUUGAUGAAGACAAGAAGAAGUGUGUGCGUGCCGACGAGUGUGGCUGCUAUGUGAAUGAUGAGCAUUAUGAAGUCGAUGAAAAGGUCCCCACAGGGAAUGUCUGCCUGUCUUGUGAUUGCACAUCAUCUUCCCAGGUCUCAUGUAAGGAGGUGAUAGGGGCCGUCAUUAACCGGACUCAGAAUGGGUAUAUCUGCUUUUGGGAGCUAUGUGGUCCCAACGGCACAGUGAUCCCGCAUUUUAACGUCUGUGCUCCGACCUCACCUCCUACUGUCUUGACUGUGUCAACCACCUCAGUGACCACCACCUCUCCCACCACAACUCUGCCUACCAUCUCCACCACCACCACUACCACCAGCACAGAAAUUUGCUGUUUUUGGUCUGACUGGAUUAAUGAGGAUCAUCCCACUACUGGCAGUAAUGGUGGUGACUGGGAGAGGUUUGAUGGGGUGUGCAGUGCCCCUGAAGACAUUGAGUGCAGGUCAGCUGAGGAACCCCAUCUCAGCUGCGACAAGCUUGGCCAGAAGGUGCAGUGUGACACGUCUUUUGGACUCAUUUGCAAAAAUGAAGACCAGUUUGAAAAUGGACCAUUUGGCCUUUGUUACGACUAUGAAAUUCGGGUCAGGUGUUGUCUGCCCAUGGAUCACUGCCCAGAAUCACCUCCAAGUACCACGACAACACCAGGCCCAACAACUACAGUGACAACAGUCACUCCUACAACCAAAUCAAUGCCUGGGACACAUACUCCUCCAGCUCCAACCACUGUCCCAACUAUUUCAUCAACUACCACCACUGAGACUCCAAUCACCACCAUCACCACUACUGUCGCAAAAAGCACCACUCCAACCACCACCGUCACCAUCACAAAGACCCCAACUGCUCCAACCACUGCUGAGACUCCAAUCACCACCAUCACAACCACAGAGACCCCCACUGCUCCAACCACCACCACCAUCGAAAGUACCACCGCUAGACCAUGUCCGUCUGAGCCUGUCUGUGAGUGGACUGAUUGGGUGGAUUCAGGGAAACCAGACUUUGAUACACCAGGCGGUGGUGACUUUGAACUGGUUGAAGACAUUUGCGAAGGUGGCUGGGCAGCCAACAUCACAUGCAGAGCCCCAAUGUAUCCAGACCAGCCAAUCGAAGCACUGGGACAAGUUGUAUUGUGUAAUCGCUCAGUGGGACUGGUAUGUAAAAAUGAAGAUCAGAAGCCAGGAGUGAUCCCUAUGGCUUACUGUCUCAAUUACGAAGUCAAGGUUGAUUGCUGGAGCCAGCGAGGGGGCUCCUGGUGCAGGACUGGGAUGGCUGGGGCCCCUUCCGGCUGCCCAACAGCCUCGAUGGGGAAGAAUUCUGGCUUGUUUGCCAAGUGCCACAAAUUUGCCUCACCCCAGCACUACUAUGAUGCCUGCGUCUUUGACAGCUGCUUUGUGCCUGACUCUGGCAUGGAGUGUGCCAGUCUGCAGGCCUAUGCAGCCCUCUGUGCACAAGAGGGCAUCUGCGUUAGCUGGAGAGAACACACCCAGGGUGUCUGUGAUGUGACAUGUCCAUCUCACAAAGAGUACAAGGCCUGUGGUCCUGCUGAGGAGCCAAGCUGCCAAUCCAGCUCAGAGGCGCCCACAGACAACAGGACGAUGGAAGGUUGCUUCUGUCCUGAUGGCACCAUCAACUUUGCCCCUGGUGUUGAUGUCUGUGUGCAGACCUGUGGCUGUGUGGGACCAGACAGCGUGCCCAGAGAGUUUGGGGAACGCUUUGAGUUUGACUGCAAGAACUGUAUCUGCCUGGAAGGAGGCAGUGGCAUCGUGUGUGAGGCCAAGCAGUGUAGCCAGCUGGAGCCUGAGUCAUGCCAGGAGGAGGGCACAUACCCUGUCACUGAGGUGGACCCCAGCAACACCUGCUGCAACAUGACCUACUGUAAAUGCAAUACGAGCCUGUGCCAAACCAAGCUGCCUGUGUGCUCUGUGGGAUUUGAGCUAAAGACACAGCUUGUCUCUGGCAAGUGCUGCCCUGUCCACACUUGUGAACCCAAGGGCGUUUGUGUCCUGGGGGAGGCUGAAUACAAGCCUGGAUCUCCAGUAUACUCUGAGAAAUGCCAAGAAUGCAUUUGUACCUCGACGGUCAAUGCCUCUACUCAGCUGAACAUCAUCUCCUGCAGCCACGUGCCCUGUAACAUCUCCUGCGAACCCGGGUUUGAACCUGUGAAUGUGCCAGACCAAUGCUGUCCCAAGUGCGAGCAGACCCACUGUGUGAUACGCCAGAGUGGCAACCUCAUGCUUCUCAAGCCUGGUGAGAUGAAGAAUGACCCUCAGGACAACUGCACCAUCUACAGCUGUAUGAAGCUCCAAGACCAGCUCAUCUCAUCUAUCUCAGAAAUAACUUGUCCUGACCUGGACUUGGGCGCCUGCCAGCCUGGCACGAUUAAGCUGAGGUCUAAUGGUUGUUGCAAGACAUGCACAUUCCGCAAUGAGACCGUGGUACCCUGUACGACUGUGCCGACCAAGGAGGUGAUUUCUGUGGGGAACUGCAGCAGGGAAUUGCUGAUCAAUCACUGCGAGGGAGCCUGUGGGACGUUUGCCAGGUACUCAGCAGAGGCCCAGAGCAUGGAUCAUCGAUGCUCUUGCUGCAAGGAGGUAAAGACCAGUCAGAAGGUGGUGGAACUGACCUGUGAGGGAGGGGGCACGCUCGCCCAUGAGUAUACCUACAUUGAGAGCUGCGGCUGCCAGGACAGCGUCUGUGGAAUCCCUCUGGCUGAAGACAGAAAGGUCACCCAGAGUCGCUCCCGCCGGGCCCUGCGGAGGUCCAGAGGUUGAGUGCCUGCCCGGGCCCAGAAUCACCCUCUUAAGCCUCUGUCUCCACAUGGCUGAAUCCUCAGGGCUGCCUCACCUUCUUCUUUUAUUCCUUUAAAGAAAAUAUUUAUUUUCUGAUCUUGUCAAACUAAUAAAAUUGUG